CGCUUGCUUAAUAUUUGAUAAAGAGAUUAUAUUUUUUACUUAUUUCUAUCAUAAGUUCCAAAGAAAUUUUUCAAGCCCAUCGUGGCGUGGUUAUAGAACAUUCUUUUACAGGUCAGGAGAAAAUGUGUUUUCGGAAAGUGAUGAAUGCGUGUAGUUUUGUGCGUUGUCUGCGUAGCAAGCGAUUUCUUUGGGUUUGAGCUGAAUAUGACACAGACAAUUUUGUGCGUGACAUUCACUGGACGAGAAAGGUGAAGGCGAUAAAUCAUUUUUAUGUCGAUCAGAUAAACUGCUAAUUAGUUGACGAGUGAUGACAAUAAGCUCAGUAAUAUUUCAAACGCCCAUUAAUCAGCUUUUCGCACAUAGUACAAAAGAACUGUCUAUCAUUGUUAUCUUCCAAAUUGACUUGAGGACUGUUUUAUUACUUGACAAGAAUAAAAUAAUAAAAGACAAUGAGUGAUGAUAAAUAUUUUUGCAUACUGCUGAAAAAAAAACUAUUAUUUUCUGGUAAUUUGUCUUUGGUUUUACUCGUUAUAUCAAAAAAAGCUUUUGUCUGCAAAAUCACUUCUUUUGUUGAAAGCGUGCCAUUACAAAGCCGUUUUCGGUUGCAGUAUAGCAAAGGAAACACCCGGUAAUAGUAAUUGAGCCCCUCGAGCAAACAAGAACUUGUGAAAACUUUCGGAUAAUCAGCACACCACAAAUCGUCGCUUUUUCUUGAAAAAAAAAACAUAUACAGGACGCGAUGGAGCGGAGAAAAGAGACUGUGUUUGGAUCGGCCUUAAAUAUAGCUAAUCCAACCUAAAAACAAAAGCUGCCAUAGCUAAACACAGUAGAGUAAACACUCCAAACCUCAAGACUGUUUUGUUGAGGAAAAAUUGAAUAUCCAUUGGUAUAAUUCGGACUGAGCUAGUGCCUAAUUACUGGAUUAUUGAGAAAAUGGACGUUUUCUGUGAAAAAUGUCAUAACAGAAGAAGUUAUGUGAUACCUUAUGGGUUUAAUUUCACUUAGACAUUCCUAACGUGACCCCAACAACCGUUCGUUUACCUUUCGUUUAAGCAUUAACUGCUAAUUCGUGAAUGGUUGUUUUGCAAACUACUGAGCAAAAACGGCAUGUUAUCCAACUCAAACCGAUCUCAAUAGCUUACUCCUAGUGUUUGAGCCGCUUGUUGGACAUUGGGUUGGACAAGAUGCACUGGUUUGAAGAGAAGACGCUUGUUUUUAGUGAGGACACAAAUGUAAACACGCUGACAAAACACUGUAGUCAAAAGAUAAACGGCCAGACACUAGACGGAGACAAAGACAUUUUCUUCAAGCAACAGAGGCGAGAAGCUAAUUCUUUUCUUGCAAGCAAUAUACGCAGUCAGUCCGAUAGCUUAGACUGUCGUUCUAAACACGAGGAGCAAACUCAGACAUUGACAAAACGUCAUACAUACGGAUACGAGAAAAAAACUCCACGUGUUUUAGAGAAGUUUUACCCAGUAAGGAAUACAAAGAACCUCAAAGCCGUAAAGGAAAGGCUACCAGACUUCGCUGUGCAACAAAAAGAUUCAGGGAUUCAGAGUAAAUUGAAUAAAAACCUCGGUGCCCUUUACAAGCCCUCCCCGGUGCGACCACGUCACCGACGGUCAUAUUCCUACAAUCAACCUGUUAGCAUCUUGCCGAAUAAAAGGCACUACUAUUCUAUUAAUACUCAAACUAAAUACGGCUUUCAAAAUAGGACUCGCAAAGGAGUUAAUGGACGGCAGAUUAACACAGUCAGAAACUUAAGAAAGAGUAGUUAUCACGAGAAUGGCAUGGACGCCGCUCUUUGUAACGAAAGGCAGAGGUCAAUUUCUCUUUCCUCUAUACGCGAAGGGGUAGCGAGAGAAACCACCCAGCAAGUCGUCCAUAUGGAUGCGCUUGAUUCGAGUUCGGACGAGGGUGCCGAAUGGGGUUCGGCCUCCGACUCGGAAAACGAGGAUACUGCUGAGUUAGAUUUUCCCAAACUGCGAAGGCCCAUUGACCGGUUCCGAAAGAUUGUUCGACUCUUGUGCUUUCUUCUCAAGAUCAAGUCAAGUACAGAUCGGAAAUACAACCAGCCCCAGCACACUGUGGUGUUUGAGCAGCUGCAAGAGUUAGCAGAGGCCGGCGUCAAGAGCGAUGACGGGAUGGCGUUUGAUCCCAACUACUACAAAGCCGUUAGAGAAAUAAAACUGAGUCAGGACGCAGUGCAGAUUUUGUCGAUGUCGCCAGGGACGCGCACAGAUGAGCAGCUUCAAGGGGCGCUGGUUGCACUGAAGGCAAGCGUACCAGCAUUCGGAGAGUACCCCUUAAAGAUGCAGCAACAGCUUGUUAAAGUGGGCUGGUAUGAGAGCUUUGAGGCUAAACGAGUUAUAAUUCGCCAAGGGCACCCCGCAGAAAAUUUUUACUUUAUCCUCUCUGGCACAGCGUUGGUGACUCUGCUGUUCGUCGACCCCGUCACGGGAGAGCAAAGGUCAAACACAGUAGCUGUACUCGGGAAAGGCAGUAGUUUUGGGGAGUUAGCGUUACUUCACCACAAGACACGUAGUGCAACUGUGCUUUGCAAGGAAGAUGUGGCGCUGCUUGCUGUCGGCAGAGAGGAUUUUAGGGAUAUUUUUAUGAGCUACGAAGACGGCAAAGAACCGGACCACAUCCAGUUUUUAAGAACCGUCCCGUACUUGAAGGGGGUACCGCUGGACCAGUGCUUGACAAGACAUGAUCUCUGUAUCUUCCACUACUUCAGACGCGGUGUUGUUAUCGUCAAAAACAGCAGUACUGAGUGGAUAUAUAUAAUAAAAUCGGGUUCAUGCCGAGUGUUGACGAAUCUGGAGAAGAAAAAGGCGAUGCUUAGUCCUGCGCCGACCCCAAGUAAGAGUCCGCUGACCAGUCUGCCCGCAAUUCCUAUAGACGAGACAGAAAGAAGGCGUGUCUUAUAUACUGCAUCCGGGGAUCGUCGCGUUUCGCGCACAGCAUGGUCACCUGAUAAGAAGAGACCGCGAACAGAGCCAGCACAUCACAGCGGAGACCUCACACUCCCUGCUAUAGUGGACGAGACUGAGAGAUUUAAGAAGACGGUCAAAAAGGUCAACUUUGCUUUGCCUUGGAUAGAACGACUCAACCAAAAAAACAUCCAAGGUGAAAUUGAAGCACACAAGAUUCAAAUUGAGAAACUUCACCGGCAGCUUACGGAAUGUAGCAUUAAAAGUGUUGAUCUUAACAACAACAACCAGACCACCAGGACGGAGCAUGUCUGUGUACAGAUUGAAGUCUUGAAGCCCAAGGACCAGUUUGGGCUGUCAGAGAUUCUCCAUGACAACAAGGCUGUCAAGUGUCAUUUAGUCAGCAAUGGCGCCGAGUGUAUUCUUAUUAAGAAAAGUUGGUUUCUUCAAGUUGCAAGUGACUCGAUGUUAAGGACUCUCAGAGGGCAGAUCUCGCCUUACCCUUCACAAGACACACUAGAACAAAAUCUACAAGACAAAGCAAACUGGGAAUCUUACAAAACUCAGACGAUUAGCAACCUCUUGGAUACUCUACAAUUAUAACACGUCACUGAGAAUUAGAAUUAGAAUUUCGCACAUACAAACUUCUUCACGAAAUAUAAUCGUUAUGCCAAAAAAAUUUUAUUUUCUAAAUUAUUAAAAGGUACUAUUUAUUAAUAAACAUAGCCUGAAUGUAUUUCCCUUUUGUUUUUACUAUGAUAUUGCGGUGCUACAGGGGCGUGUCACGCCUUGAAGUAUUUUAUGGCACGCCCCCACCAUGAAUACCCGCCACUCCCCAACCCCUCCCCUGCUGCGGCCCUGUGUCAGUGUUAGGUGAUUGUUGUGAUAAAACCUGCGUGGCUACCAAUUCGCCAAUCAUGUGGAGUUGUUUGGUAGCCUCGUUUUGGUGCAGAGCUUGAAAUUGGAUUGUGUACUGUAUUUUCUUGGCAGAAAUUCGACCUUUUUCGUGGUGUUUCUUGUUAUGGUUUAUUCAAACUGGACAUUGCUGCUCCCGUCUCUGUUUAUAAAGCAUUUGGGUUCAUUUGCAGUGUCCAUACAGUAGUACGUCACCACACCAUAAUGUUCAAUUAAGUUUCCUUCUCUAUCCCGCCUUUUCCUCCACAAUAAAUCUUCAGCAAUAACAACUGUUCUUUCAUUUCCUUCCUCAAGCUCAAACCUGAUUAAAUUCUUAACACCAGAUUCAUUAAGUAUGUCUCUCCGUCCGUUUAUUAUUGCUUUCCGAAUCUGAGAGCUCAAACAUGAAUGAUGAGUCCCUUGCGACUUCUUUCCUCCUGUUUUUACUUGUUUGCAAUCACCGUAAUUGACAUGGAUAAUUGUUUCGUCCUUGUUUCCUUCCAUAGUCAUUGGAUUCUUAAUAAACUUCUGUACAACCCCAGGAAGAACCUUAGUUGAUUCACUCUGCUUGUGGGAGCUCCUUGAAUCGCAGCCGCUGCUUCGAGUUCUCAUACUUGUUCGACCAUUCAUAUCUCACUCCUUCACUUAUCCCGUGUUGUUAUAUUGGAUAUGAAUGCACCACAACUUCUUGUUUAUCAUCCUCUUAUCAUUCUAUCAGGUGCGCUAGUCCAAGAAAUACUGCCAUCACUAUUAUCUCGCAAAUAGAGAAUUCCCUGAUUUAUUACUUGACAGAAACAAGACCUCGAACAAUUUAGCGUUAGUGCCACUUGUGUUUACAGAUUCUUAAUUUUGGAGCAUCGUUGCCAAUAGCCUUAUUGCUUUGGAUUCGGAUAAAAGUAAAAAAAAACCCAAACCCAAAAUAAAAAUAUUAAUAGUAUAUGUAUAUUUUUUUCGAUCUGGUGCGCAAUAGCUUGAAAGCAUUUGUCUUUUUCAAUAAUAUUCCGUUUAGCCUGAAGUCGGAAACAAUUAGUUUUUUAGCAGGUGCAUCUGAGAAUAUCCCCUAAUUAUUUAUUCUGAAAGAAGGACGUGUUUUGUUUUUUUCUCAUAGUUGCUGGGCAACUCUGUGCGGCAAGGUGCUCGCUCGUCCGCCGCUUACCGAGAUUUUGGUUUUCUCGACCAGAAGAAGUUUUGAAUAUUCAAGAAAAAGGAUUUGAAUUGAAAAUUUGCCACAGCACAUAGCUGAAAGCUACGACGAGUUAAUGUAAUCGAAAGACCUCUUCCUGAGAUAUCAGUGUAAUGCGAACCUUCCCAAAUGGAGUAAACACUGCACACGCCAACUCCACUGACUUGAUGGCGUUACGUGAACACAAGACAAUAACUUAUGACAACGAAACAUUCAAGCUCCCACCGCUAUCCCAAGUCGACUGUUUAGCACUGCACCGAGUGGACAACAACUCGAUAGAACGAGAAAACCAAGCGAGACUUGCGCUAAUGGAGCGCCGCCAGAAACGAGUGGUUACUAAAACUAUCAAUGGGAGAGAGUAUGAAUUUGGGCGUAAGAAAAAACGAAAGCAAGAGCUUCCAAAUGGAGAAGCGCCUCCAAUUUCGCAGAUCGUGAUGGGGCCUUCUGGAGAUAGGGAACUUCCAACGAAGACACACCACAAGAUGAGGCAUUACCAGCCACGCAGAAAGGACAAUGUGAACCUGCCCCCUAUAUCCCAGGUCAGCUGCUUGGGACCGCAACCGAACGAAGAGAAACCUCGGGUCAUACCAGAUAAAUUCCAAGUCCAUGAUAGGGAUUCAGAGUACGUGAAGCUCGCAAAAACAGGGGGGCGCCAUGAUCUGUUACAUUAUGUGGAGGCAGAGCCUACGCUGAGGCGAUCCAGGGGGGUGCAGUAUCGCCCAGAGAGUAAGGACGCUUUACCAGCGCUUAAGACAAAGUCUUGCGAUGACCCCACCUGGAUGCCAUCACAGUGGCAGCCACUGUCUCCCAUUAAAAAAAGCACAGAGGAGACGAGUAAGGAACCGUGAGCAUAUGGUCAUUGCGUGUUACUGACUGUAAAUAUGUACAUGUUGAUGUUUGUUGUUCAGGACUGAAAUGUGUUUACUCCUACUUCAAAUAAACGUUGAGCCGGCAAUCAAUUCUGAUCUUGUAGAAUGUUCUUGUACCACAACUCGGUAGAAAGUGAAUAAUAGCUGAAACAUAUAAUCAUAUUUCAGUCGAAACACGACACACAGAUAGCCAUGUUUUUCUGUGUUUGGUUUGUUUGCUUUUAGUAACCCGCGCAAUGCAUUGUGCUUACAGAAAAGUAUAGUCUUAUAAAAAAUAACAGAAGGUAAAAAUCCAAAUUGCACGAUGACUAUUUUUAAAACAGACCGGGUGAAGCAGAUAUUCUAUUUUCCAUGAUGCUUUGUAAGCUGUUAACCCGGUGCACGACAGACAGCUCAUCAGGCUAAACGUUAGAAGAAGAUAACAUAUGCAUCUCAUCAGGCUAAACGUUAGAAGAAGAUAACAUGCAACAAUAAUGCAACAAUAAAACUAUUAUAGAAGAA